UGGGGCGCCCGGCAAUACUGAUUCUGUCUGUUGAACGCGCCGGUGGGGAAAAGAAAGGAAAUGGAGCAUGUGUGCGGAUUUCAAAAGUCUUAGCGCCGCGCCGUCGCCCCUCAAAUAAAUACGAAACCGUGUGCCAAACAAAAAUAAAACAAAAACUUUAAAUUCUUCGUCAUAAGUUCAUCGUGUGUUUAUUUGUGCUUCAAAAUUAAAAAAAAUAACAAAUAACUAGAGGCUAGCCGAGCUCACAAUGCACCAGGGCCACAAUGCCACUCUUCAACAAGUCACUGCGAAGUAAAAGCAAUCUGCCAGAACCGGAGUCGGAUUUCGAGCUUCUGCGCCAGCUUCAAGCGCCCCAUGCCGCCAAGAAGCUGGACUCCCUGCCCAUUAUUGCCGAACAGGAGGCGGACGAGUAUGGGCUCGACUUUGCGAACGGGGGUCAGUUGAACAGCACCUGCAAUGAGGGGGACGGAGCCGAUGCCAGAGGCUCAGACGCCUCCAUGGUGUCCAGCAAGUCGAGCUGCUCCCUUUGGUCCAACACCUCGGAGGAGGAGUCGCUCGGCGCCAGCACCCUGAUCACCAGCCAGCCCUCAAACUCCAGUAAACACUUCGACAACACCUACAAGCUGUUGGGCCAGCACCUGGACUCCAAGGGCCAGCGGACGGCGGACAAGAUGCUGCAGUUGCAUGGAUCCGGAUCGGGCACCGACUUCGAUAGCAUCUCGAGCACCAGCUCCUCCAUGUCUGCGAUCGUCAAUGGCACCGAGCCGCCGCCCACCCGCCUGGAACUGGAACUAGAGGCAGUGGAUCGGAUGCGCUGCAUCAUCCGGCAGAUGAAGUCCUCUGGGCCGAGGUCGAAGGACGCCGCGUUGGGGGCUUCAGCCCCCCUGUUGGCCCUGCUGCACGACUUUGCUGCCAAGGGUGAACGCAAGGGUCAGGCCAGUACCCCGGGGACACCGGCCCCCAGUCCCAUCAGUGGUCCCCUGGAGGCGCCGCAGUUCGAGCUGCCUCCUGAGCUGCUGCAGGCCGCCAACUCCGGGGAGCUUAUGUACUACGCCUCGAAGAACGUCGAUGGCACGAACUGUCUUAAGGUUGUUCGCAGUCUGCUGACUAACAAAGUUCUAUGUGGGAACCGCGUUAGCCAGAUGACUCGAGCGUACGAUGACAUUGAAGCCGUGACCCGACUGCUGGAGGAGAAGGAAAAGGACUUGGAGCUGACAGUCCAGAUCGGCAAGGAGCUGCUCACCCAGAACAAUGCCCUCGAGGCCAGGGUCGCCGACCUGGAGGCCGACCUUAAGUCUGCCAACGACGAUCGGGCUCAGUUGGUGCACGAGCUGCACAAGAAAAACGAGCUCAUCUCGGUGCUGACCAACGAUGCAGAUGAUGGCACGGAUGCAGACACGCCCACCAUGUCCAAGUCCAUUACCCUGGACUUGUUGCAGCGGAAAGUAAACACGUUGCUGGAUGAGAACAAGUCUCUAAAGAGUGAGGCCACCCAGCUGGCCCACAAGACGGAUGAGGUGGAGGAGCACGAGCGUCAGCUGAUGGCGGACAUCAGUGCCCAGCUGAACGAUGCCAACUCGCAGUAUGACAACCUCAGCCUCGAGCUGGAGCGCCAGCGGGAGGAGAAUCGUUUGCAGCACGAGCAGAUCGUCAGCCUGACCGCUCGCUUGGCGGAGGCGGAGAUGCGACUGCAUCAACUGACGCAGGACAAUGACGAGCACCUCUCCCUGCUGCACGUGACCAAGGAGAACCAGAAUGCUCUGGCUCUUGAGCUGGUGGAGUUUAAGCAGCGCUAUGAGGAGGUGCUGGCCUUGCUGCAUUCUGCGCAGGAUCAACUAAAGCAGCAGCGCAAGCGAUCCCAACCGCAGGCAAGGAGCUCCUUCCUGGGCGGCAUGGGAACGAGCGGAGCCGGACUGAGCGGUGGCUUCUUCCAGCCCGAUUCGUUAAAAUGCGAACUGAUGGAGUCUUCGAUGUACUCGGAGAAUAGUCUCGACUCGGGCAUUUCUGGCGACAGCCAGAGGUCGGCAGACCGUAUCAGCCGCAUGAUGAUGCAGCUGCCACCCGGCAGCAUGAGCUCCUCCGGAAUGGGCGGCAGUAUCUAUGCCGGCGCCGGAAACGUGCCGCCCUACAAGAGGGUAUUCGACACAGUGCGAUGCGCUGGUAAGACCGGCAACUACAUGGACAGCGGCAAUGUGUCAAUGACCCAGUUGGGAGCCAUGUCGAUGAGCAGCUCCUCGGGCCCACGCAUGGCCUCAAUGGCGUAUCCAGCGGGCUCGUACUAUCGGGGCGGUAGCAAUCAAUCACUGGGCGUUAAAACUCUAUCCAACGAAAGUCUCAACUCCCAGUCCGAUGACGGCUACCCAGCCCAGCCUUCUGGUGUGCCAGGAGCGCCCGGCGCCAAGGAGCUGGAGGCGGCCCUCAAGCGGCUGACGCCAGCGGAGGUUCUGGCCCGCCGUGCAAUGCUCUCCUACGCUCCUGCCGGCACCUAUAACUACGAUGAGCCAAUGACCCACGGAGCUGGGGGAGCAGGACACGAGCGAAACUCGAACUUGCCGCUGGGCGUGCGAACGCCGGACAGUAUUAUGUCCACGGGUUCGUCUGGAAUGUCGGGAUCGUCGAAUCAUAUGUCCGCCUCUAUGUCGCACCAGUGGCGUCUGCCCGAGAAGCUGCAAAUCAUUAAGCCGAUGGAGGGGUCGCAAACGCUGCACCACUGGUCGCGUCUAGCCACGCCAACUCUGAGCGGUUUAUUAGAUGAGAGACCCGGCGUCACAAUUCGAGGUGGCCGUGGAUUGGAUGACUUGGGAAUGCAAGUUUACACGCUGUCGGACGUCGAAGAAGACGUCAGCGAGGAUCUGCCCGGAAAGCAGUUUGAUGCGCCCGGCUGUACCUUCACCUACACCAAUAGCAUGGUUAUGCAUCCGGACGAUGGCUUUGUCAACGACCUUUCCUUCCUCUCACAGUCGCAAAUGUCCUCGCGCAUGGCUUCUACAUCGACAUCGAGACAGCCCAGUUGCCCUGCUACGCCUCGAGCUGGACUUUCGCGCAAGAAUUCUUGCUCCACCUUCUCGGUGAACCUCGGACUCGCUGGAAUGCUGAAUGAGCGAGGAAUUAAGGCAGUGACGCCCAGUGCCCUAAACACACCCGCCGGUCCCAACUAUUCGCCCACGGUGACACCAUGCAACAGCCCUGAAGGAUCACCUCCGCGUGCCCAGUCGCCAGAGCCCCUCUUUGGUCUUCUUUCCUCUGGGGCGGAUCUCAUCCGCCGCAAAAUCGUUGGCGAUCAACACCAACAGCAGCAACAGAAGCAACGAAGCAGUCUUAGCAAGCAGCAGCAACAAAAGAUUAUGCUGUCCCACCUGGAGCGGCGGGCCUUGCGAUCACUGAAUCUGAUUGAGAAGGUGGAGAGUAUUGGACUGGAGAAUAUAAUCAGCGCACAGCGCGGAUUGGGCGCAGGAAUCGCGAACAGGAGCAGCUCGCCACUUAGCAGUGGUAGUUUGCAAAGUCUGCAUACAAGCAGCAACAGCAUUGUGGACGACAUACACUUUGAUCGGGCCCAGAUCAAGGGUGUCCUGCAUCGUGGACUUAAGUCGCCGACGCCUGCAGCAUCGGCAGCAGGUGCUGCUGCCGGAGGCGUUGCCAUAUCCACGAGCAGCAGUACCAGCGCCUAUAAUAGCGACGAUAGCGACGACCAGGGCUUGGUUAUGAAGAUCAAAAGCUCGACGCCAACCACAACAGCGGCAGCACAAAGUCAGCCAACGUCAGGGGCGGGUGCAGCAACGGGGGCACCUGGGGCCACGGCCAGCGAGACGCGACUGAAGCAGAUGCAGCGCCAAAAAUCACGAAGGCAGUUAAAGAACGGCAUGGCUAGCCAAAGACCUGACCUGGGCACCAUUGCCGGGGCCGGAGGAGGCGGCGGCAGAGUGCGUCCCGACUUGGGAAGAGUGUCCGACAACAGCGGCAGCAAGAUGACUGGAAAGCGGGAUGAUGUGAAGGCGGCACAAGAGGAGGAAGCGGCGCCCCAGAGCAUAACACAGGCGUUUGUGGGUUCAGUUAGUUCCCUGCUGUUCGGCCGCAAGGGCGGCUGGCUGUAAAAAUAAGAGCUGAUAUCAUUCACAACCUUAUUCUUACGCUUGCUGGUGACUAUAGUUUAGUUUUAAUCUAAAGAACAGCGCCUUUGCAAGCUGCAAUUAGUUUUUAUUUAAGCACAAUGCGGAACGAGUUAAAUAACGAAUUGUAAUGUAAUCGUGUGUAUUGUAUACUAAGUUUAUUUUUAUUUGCCGCCCAGCCGUAAAAGCCCCACAAAUGCCUGUCAUCGCAACCUUAAGAAACACUGGAAGGAUGUUUUAGUGUUCGUAGCUGUGAUUUGUAAAUACAUUUAGAGGAAUGUUUAUAUUUAGUAGUUAUUAAUCAAGUACUUCGCAUAUUAUAAUUAUUAUUUUUGCUUUAACAAACGGCAUACGUAUAUAGAGGAACAAAACGAUGGCCAGUUUUUUCGUUAAAAACCGAGUUCCAAAGCAGCUACUAUUAAUUUAAACAAUACUUUGCCAAUUUUGUAUUUAUUUUCCUGUGUUUAUUACGACUUAAACGACACCUAGAACGUGUAUACAUUUAUUUUAAUGAUUUCUUUUGGGCUAAUGAUUUAUGUAUAGAGUCGAAGCAGAUGAAAAUUUGUAUAUAAAAAUGAGAGGAACCAAUCUGUAACUUGAUUGUGGCUAAGCAAAAAGGGACAUAUAUUUUUUUACACCCGUAGUCUCCUAUUGCUUUCCACUAGAGGGACUUGUUCCAACCACCCCAAACAUACAUAUAUCACAAAAGCCGUAACUCAAAAUACUAUCGCUUUGAAUCACAAUUUUUAUUUUGGUGCUUUGUGCACUGCCAUACGAAAUACAUCAAAUCUACCGAGAAACUAUUAUUUUUCUAGUCCUUUUCUGGGUCAGUCAGUGCUCGUUUGGCUAUGCGGAAAAUGUAAAGCAUAGUUUUCAAACGGAGCGCACAUCACUAGAAACAAAACAUAUAACGUUGAACAAAUUGUGUGAAAGAAUGCAUACUGGUAGGAACAUUAAUCGAGAACAACAGCAAUAUUCAGUCAAAUAUUUAUUAUUGCUGAUGGUAAGCAAUGCACCGAAGGCUAUCGAAGCAUUAGCAUAAAUUACACACAUGUUAUUGAAACACGAACACACUAUGGCAGUGGCAGUCUAUUAGCUGGAUUCCCAUAUCUAAACGGUGCAAAAUCGAAUUGAAUUAAAUUUUUCUUUUUCCGACUUUAUGAUUUUGAUUCGAGAAUCGAAACUCUCAAGAAUAAGAGAACUACUAUAAAAAUCAAGAAUUAUCAUACUUUAAUGAAACUACUCGUUUUUGAGAAUUUUUGUUUAAAUUCUAUUUGAAAAGGAGUUGGCAUAUUUAAAAUAACACGCCUUUGAGUACGUGCUCCUCAAACAAUAAAUUUAAAGAAAAGGGGAAAACCGAAUGUAAAAGUUAUUAGUUGUAAUUACGAAUAUAUUUAUUUAAAUCUGCAAAAUAAAGAGAACAUCGUUAAACACAAA